ACCGUUACUCAGGCCUCAGCCCAUAGCUUUUCACCACCCGAGUCGACUCAGUUUCCUCUCUCAACUCAGAUAAAAAUCAAAUCGUUCAAUACACACAGAACACAAGUGUAAAAAACACACACAAAAACACGCUUAAAAAACACACACACGAUGGAUUCGGAGCAAGAGCUAGACCUGUUCGGAGAAGACGAAGACGACGAUUAUAACACCACCAACAACACCCACAAAGAAGAGAGCCACCAAACGUCGUCGUCUUCGUCGUCCUCAUCCUCAUCCUCGUCUUCGUCUUCCAAUCGGAGCGGCGGUGGCGACACUAGCAGCGCCGCCACCGGCAGCGCCACCGGAAGCGGCAGCGCCAGCGAAGACGAAGAUAAUAAUGGGGAAGUUAGGUCUAAUAUAACUAAUAAUUAUAAUAAUUAUAGUAACAGUAAUAGUAAUAGUAAUUACAAUGAUGAUGAUGAAGAUGAUGAUAAGGAUCUGUUUGGGUCUGAUAAUGAGGAGUAUUGUAAAACCCUUGCUACUAGCCCUUUUCCUGUCCCAGUUUUGCCUGCUAUACGUAAUACCAAUAACCAUACUAGAGGAGGUUAUGGGCGCGGUGGUCGUGGUGGGCGUUUUCCAAAUGAUCGAGGGGCUGGCAUACUUCCAAAUCCUUCUGGACCUUAUCCUCAAAGAGGGGGUUAUGGUUAUAAUCCCAGAUUUUCUAAUGUCCGAAACGAUGAACGUUUCGUUUCUGAAUUAAAAUUCUCUAAAAGCGAAGAGACACUAGCAAGAAAAUGUAUAGCAUUUCAGGAGCCAUGUGAGAUUGGUUGCUAUAGCCGUGUAGAAGGCGGGGAGGUAUAUUUCGACGAUCGUAGCUUGAGGCUUUUUAAGCGUCUCAUUACUGAGGACAUUGGUGCUGAUCUUAACGACGGUUUUGAUACUUUCAUUGAGAAGAAAGAUUUGGGAUCUGAUGGAUUUGGUGAUCUUCUUACCUGUAUAAGAAACAAAAAUGUUCCACUUCAAAAUAUGCAUUUUGUGACUUAUCGGAACAAUCUUAAUAAGAUACUGGCUACUGCUUAUAUAAGGAAUGAUCCAUGGGAGAUGGGGGUGCAUAAAAGGAAGGGUGUAGUGUACCUUGAUGUCCACAAGCUAGAAGAAAAGCCAAAAAGUGAGCUGGAUAGGCGAAGAUGUUACUGGGGGUAUAGUUUUGAGAGCCUUGCCACAGAAGAUCCUAGAAGAGCUGAUGGAGAGGGAGUACAUGACAUAGAUGCCAAUGUGGAGUACUGUUCUGUGAUCAAAACCAAACUGGGAGCUCAUCGUAUUCUGAUGGGUGCUGAAAUGGAUUGCUGUGAUUCAACUGAUGAAGGAAGGAGGUUUUAUGUUGAACUAAAGACUAGUCGAGAGCUAAACUAUCACACCGAAGAAAGAUUUGAAAGGGAGAAAUUGCUGAAGUUCUGGAUUCAGUCAUUUCUUGCUGGUGUCCCUUAUAUUGUCAUAGGAUUUAGAGAUGAUGGUGGUCGCCUUGUACGCACUGAGAGGCUGAGGACCAAAGAUAUUACACAAAGAGUGAAAAUGAAGAGCUAUUGGCAGGGAGGAGUCUGCCUUGCAUUUGCGGAUGAGGUGUUGUGCUGGCUCUAUGGAACAGUUAAAGAGAAUGAGGACUACAUAUUGCAGUUUGCUCCGCCUUUCAACCGGCUGGAACUUCUACAAGCGCACUCUUGCCCUGAUGCCAUUACCAAUCACAUUGCACAGUUAUGACCAGUUCCAGAAACCUAAAUGGUUAAAUGUCUUUUAAUAAUUAAUAUAGUAGUAAAACUGAACUGAUUAUAAUUUUUGGGAACAGAUAAAAACGUAAGGUACAAAGUGGCUGUAUUUUUUUGCCUAAAUCUGUUAUAAAUGGAUAAGUUGGCAUAUCAAAUACUUCAAUUCACGUCAUGUAUUGAAAACAGAUGUAACAACUUUUGGUGGCAUGUUGCCCAUGCCAUCUGUCAAAAUUCAUUAAAUUUUUUAGGAAGGGAUACUAUGUAUUAUUAUGUUAAACUAUCUGGUCAAAAACUGGGAAAUAUGGAGCAAUGUAAUUUUGUUUGUCGAAUUGCAUCUGCUUGUGAACGUAUACUAUUGAAUAACGGUUUUGUGA